AUGUUCAUUUGUUCGUUUUAUAUUGGUCUUAGUUUGAAGUCCGACAUCUUCAGCAUGAAGGAAGCAAUCAUUCAAUCUUUGUUGGGCAAUGUCAACGAAGACCACAUAGGUCAAGUUGCCUUGAAGCUUCAAAAUGAGUUGACCCAAGCCGUAGCAAAGGAAUCUUCCUUAUCCAUGUUGGCCAAUCAUCAUAUCGAGCCUCUGGGUCUGGAACAAGGUGACUACGUGGUGGUGGAUGUAGGUGGUUCGACUCUCAGAGUAAGCAUAGUACUGUUGAACACUAGCAGUAAUGGUAGGACUGGAUUUGAGGUUCUAAUCAAUCAGGCUUGGGCUGUUAGAGACAGUUGUAAGAAGAUGGACAAGGGAUUCUUUCAAUGGGUUGGACAAAAGCUUAAUGAGGUUUUGGAUAAACCAGAAGCCAAACGGUUGUUGGAAGCACGCGUCGAUAAAGGUAUCGAUUUGGGACUUUCAUGGUCUUUCCCCUUGGAUCAAACCCAUUACAAUCGAGGUCGGAUCCUCCAUGUUGGUAAAGGCUUUGAAGUAGGGUCAGAUGUUGAAGGUAAAGACUUGAAUGAAAUUCUUACAGGUAUUAUGAAGGAAGACCAUAACAUCAACAUAAAUGUUGAUUGUAUUAUUAACGAUUCUCUUGCAGUUUAUGCUGCAUCAGGGUUUCUUCACCCUUCUACUGUUUUAGGAUGUGUUUUGGGUACUGGACUCAACAUUUGUGUUCCAUUGAAGACUGCUCUGUAUCCUGAGUCCAAGUCCAUGGGCCAGGGCCACCACUAUAGUUUGUUCAACUCUGAGGCUUCUUUGUUUGGGUCUUCAUUCAUAGAGCCCUAUGUUUCUCAAGUGUUGGACCCACAUAUUGAUGAUAGGUUUGGCAGAAUUGGUGAGUUGACCUUUGAGCUGUUCAUGGAUCGAGAUGUGGAUGGACGGAUUUUCCAACCUUUGGAAUUGCUUACAUCUGGUAGAUAUUUACAAGAGUUAACAAGGUUAGCCAUAGUUCAAUUGCAUUCUCAAGGUCAAUUAUUGACUAACAUUGAAGAUAUGACAAAUUUGGAAGAUCCUUCUCAACGGUAUGAAGGGUUCCCUGGAGCUUUGGUAUGUUUCAUUAAUGAGAACGAUGAUAUCGAAGUCAUAAGGGAACAAUUGGUUCAAGUUUUUGGAUGGGAAAAAACCAGUAUAUCAGUUUCAGAUGUUACCACCAUCAAAGAGAUAGUUGAUUCCAUCAUAAAAAGAGGUGCAUUUGUUGUAGCUGUGGUAGUGGUGGCUUUUGUUGGGUUACUUUAUGAUAAUGAUAAUCUCAGAGGUUCACAAGUUUUAACUAUGGGAUACGUUGGACUGGUGCUUCAUCAUUACAACAAGUACCGUCUGUUAAUCUUAAAACAUGUUAAUGACAACGUCGCUCAUUAUGGAGUAAGUGUUAAGUUUGAGUACAUUGAAAAUAGUACUUUGAUUGGUACAGCUGUAAGUGCUGCUUAUUUCAAGAACAUAAAGAAAUAA